AGCAGGCCGAGCGAGAGUGGGGCACCAGUCCUGAAGGCUGAAGCCAGAGUAGCAGUCAUGGGCUACUAGGAGCACCCCUCCAGCACCUUCAACAUCUUCAGCAGCGCCCGAGAACAGACAGAAAAAGAGAGAGAGAGAGAAAAAAGAAAAAGAAGAAGUCCAAAAAGGAGAAAAAACGCGAAUGAAACUUACCAACAAGUCUCCUCUCGGACCUUGGCCCCAUUUUGCCCAAGGUGGAACCCGCACCACCUCCGUCCCGGUUCCUAGUGCGCGUGGGGGGCCCGCGAUUCGGUUGUGAGUACCACCCCUGGCCCGCCCCCAUUCGCCUUGAGCCUGGCUCGUCGUUCCACAUCCCGGGAACGCGGCUGAUCGUGGCUCAUUUCCGCUCGGGAUUGGCCUCCGCCCCGCUUGGCCAGGCCCAUGGUGCGGCCUCGUAGGCUACGUUGGACUCUUCGCCCGCUUGGCCUGGCCUUGGAGCCCUCGUCAUUGGAUGAGUCGUUGCCCGCAUUGGCCCGGGCUUUCGCCCCCGCCUGGAAGCACGGCAUCCAUCGGAGCGCCAGCCAUCUCAGUCUGGAUGGGGCCAAAGAGGGCGGGAGCGGAGGAGCCCAGACCAAUGGACCCCUCCGCCCCUACAGCCCAGUGGCCGAGACCCUUUUCCGUAAAGACCUGAUCAGCGCCAUGAAGCUCCCCGAUAAUGAGCCCCUGACCUCGGACGACUACUGGAUCGUCACGGACACUUGGAAACAGGAAUGGGAAAAAGGCGUCCAGGUGCCGGUCAAGCCCGAGAACUUGCCCGAACCCCGCGUUUCCACCAUCGACCAUCCACCCCAUUCAGCCAAUCGGUUCCAAUUCCCGCGCAAAUUACUCUGUAUGAACCGAAGUGGCGUGUACACGCCCGAAACGCAUCAAAUUACACCUAUGGCUCUGCGCGCGGAACAAGUGUGCAGCUACGACCUCGAUGACAUGGAUCAACGUUGGAUGUCCGCCUUCAACGGCGAACGCGCCUUGAUGGGUUCCACCACCAUCAACGAGCUUGAAAUGGAGAAAACCAUGGAGGAGCUUGAAAGGCAGUGCUUUGACAAGAUCCAUUCCACCUUGAAGAGCAACGAGGAAGCCGAUGAGCAGGAUGAUAGCGUAAUCUGUGAUGUUUGUCGAUCGCCCGAUUCUGAGGAUGCAAACGAAAUGGUGUUCUGUGAUCAGUGUAAUAUCUGCGUUCAUCAAGCGUGUUACGGUAUUACCAGCAUUCCCUCCGGUCAAUGGCACUGCAGAACUUGCUCGCUCGGGAUCAAGCCCAAAUGUGAGCUUUGUCCAAAUCGGGGUGGAGCCAUGAAAGCCACCAAAACCGGUCAAAAAUGGGCUCAUGUCAGCUGUGCCCUAUGGAUUCCGGAAGUCAGCAUUGGGUGUGUCGAGAAAAUGGAACCCAUCACCAAGAUCUCUAGUAUUCCGGCCAGCCGGUGGAAUCUGAUUUGUGUCCUGUGUAAGGAAAAAGUUGGCUCUUGUAUUCAAUGCUCGGUCAAGACAUGCAAAAUUGCCUACCAUGUUACCUGCGCAUUUAAACGGGGUCUUGAAAUGAGAGCCAUCAUUGAGGAUGAGAAUGCUGAGGAUGGCGUUAAACUCAGGUCUUAUUGCCAAAAGCACAGCCUAAACCAAAAACGAAGAGAUUCUGAAGACUCGGACGAUGACGAAAAGGGUAAAAAGAAACACUUGACUGCCGAAGAACGAUCAGCUCUUCGACGCGAAAAGAUCUUCAAAAUCGAGGCCGAGUUUUAUAAGCAAGUUGACCUCAAAGUGGCUGUCCGAAAUCUUGACUUGGACUCUGAUAUUGUGGAUUUCAUUUAUCGAUAUUGGUUGCUCAAACGCAAGGCCAAUGGCAACAAAGCUCUCCUUGUUGUUCGAUCAGAAGGUCGAGACCUGCUCUCUACCAAUCAGGAAACAGAGCGUGAAAAAAUGAAGAAAUUCGUGGCUUUGCGUCAAGAUCUGGAGCGAGUUCGAAACCUUUGUUACAUGGUGAGUCGGCGUGAAAAGCUUCAACGAUCCUUCGUGAAGCUCCGAGAGCAGAUCCUUGCCAAACAACUUGCCUUGCUCGCGGAUGAGAAUUGUGCCAGCCACAUGUCUUUGAUCGAGAUGUCGGCCGUGCUCGAGGCUAACCAUGGUCCUAAUGUCUACGACCGAGUGUUUUCCCAACCUGAGGCAGAGACUCAUACAGAAAAUGACUUUGAAGUGAUAAUUUCCCGAAUCAGUGGCGAGAUUGCGGAGAACAGUGCUCAGAUCCGGAGGGACAAUCCCUAUCGGAAAGGUGCAAGUGGGGUUACAGGCGCUGAAAGCGGAGAAUCUCUCUCCUACAAGAGAAUGUUCUCCGACAUGAGUGCCAGUGAGACCGACGAUGUUUUGCAUCCUAGUAGUAGCAAUCUCAAGAAAAGGAAGAGUAAAGAAAAGUACAGUAAAUCCAACCACAGACUGACAACUACUAAUUCUUCUGUUACUUCUUCCUCGGCGAAACGAGGUUCGUCGACCACGUCAAAGAUCACCAAGAAGACCUCCACGACCAUGAGCAAUUCGUCGAUACGAAAGAAAUCCUCCUCUCGUGUCCGCAGCUCGGAUUCCUCUAUGAGUGAAACCGACCAUGACAAACUGAAAAAGGCUGGAAGGUCCACUACUUCGUCUACAACCGCUUCUUCCUCUACCAAACAGAAUUCCAAGAAAUCAUCCGCCAAAGAGAACAAAAAGAGCAGCAAGUCCAUCUUUUCCGAAAGCGAGUCAGACACGGACUCCAAGUCCAGGCCUAAUCCACCCGUGUUCAGAACCAAGGGUGCCAUGAAGGACUUUUCAGUGGAAGGUGUUGCUCGGGGAAGGAAACCGAAUAAUAGUAAGGUAUCGGACUUGCCCAAGAAGUCCUCAAUAGGUAGUGCAAAAUUGGCCAAGAAGAAGCCGCUUGUGAAAAGUAGUAGUGAUAAUCGGAUGAUCGAGUCGGGUCUUUCGGCAUCUGACGACAGUCUCGACGAUGUAGGUCGAACUUCCCAACAAGAGAUUGACGAUGUCAUGAACGUCCUGAUUGUUCCCGAACGAGCUGCCGCUCGUAAAGCUGCUGCCAAACUGAAACAAGAUCGACCUGCGGGAAGUGCACCAUUGACUGAAGGAGAGGUUCCUGGAGCUGAUGACAAAAUCGAGAUAUCGACGUCCAAUUCUGAGACAUCUGCGAUUCCUACAGGGAAUUUAAAAUCAAGCCGUACAAAGAAACGCUCCUCUUCCAAGACGGCUGCAUCCUCAAUGGAUGAUAGUGACGUCAGUGAAAAGGAAGAGCGUCCCAAUGACGAUGAUGAAGAUGAUGACGACGACGACGAUGAAGGAACCGACGGGAAGAAGAAAAGCUUCAGCAUAUUUGACCCGGCCGAAGUUGACUUGUACGGGUAUGUUCCCCAGAGAAAAGCAGCCAAAAAGGCCAGUGCCUAUUUAAAAGAAUCUGACCAAAAGACGUUAAACCGAGAGGAUGCCAUCUUCGAAGUGCCCGAGCCAGGCAAGUUCCCCAACAAGAAGAGUCCGGGUCGUCCCCGGAAGAAAGACUUCUUACCCCCAAUGUCUGAGCGCUUGAGGCUCUCGGACUCCGAUUCUGAUCUCGAGGAGCCCUUUCCGGUUCGCAGCCCACGUGGAAAGGUGUCACGUGGGCGGGGACCCUCUUCAGCACCUAAAAGCCCCCGAAAAUCCAGUGGUCCAAAAGCCACCAGUCGAGCUCCCAAGAAAGAGAAGGCACUCUCGUCGCGAGCAGAAGCUUUCCUCAGCCAGAGGGAGUCUCAAUUGGACGACAUCUUUGAGCAGUGCGGAUUUGCCACCAAGAAGCUUAAGAAAGACUCUGACUCCAAAGAGCAGUCCUCUGAAGCCACGCCUGAGGUCGGCAAGGCAUCCACCAACACCCCCCUCACCGAGCAGCCUAACCAGCAGCCCACAUUAUCACCCCCACCUCCACUUACCACCUCGGUUGCCACCAAAGACUCCUCCAGUCGGAGUAGCAGUUCCGGUAGCUCUUCAGGGAGCAGUAGCAGUUCUUCCAGUUCUGAGGACGAAGAAAAAUCUUCUCGAGUUCGCCCGUCAGAAGAAUUCAAAUCUCCAACUACGAAACAACGGGGGAAUGGUGAUCACCUCCUAUCUCCAUCCCGAGCAGGAGAUAAGCAUAGCCCCACCAUGGUGCAACCCGCCACCGAUAAUACCGACACAGUCAAUCUCCCAGAAAGUCGUGCCCUUACGCCCAAAGCGGUGUCGGUUGGAAACCGAACCCCCAACUCGUCCGGGGGUGGGCGUGUUCCUGCCACUCCAGAGCAAAUCCCAGAAUUCGCCCAUGAUGACCCGAAAAAGAGGCCUGUCUCGGCAGCCUCGUCCACCUUCAGCCCUCCCCGGUCACCCUUCCCCAGUGACAGUCACUCCACCUCACUCCGAGGUGACCUCAAAGAAAGCGAAAUGGACCGACCCCCUCCGACACCGGGAGCCGGACUCCUCUUCCAAGCUAGUGGGCGUAACGGGUCGGCAGCUAAAGGAAAAUAUGCUGACGAUUUCGCCACGGCGCCUUCGCCGUACUCCAGAGGCAUACCAUCUCCGGGAUCGCCAGAUGUGAUGGAUGAUGUUGAUGAUGACGGUUACGACAUCACUAAGAGUCCAUCCUUGCCUUCAACAGGAUUGCCCCCACACCUCAAAGAAAGUAAUAGUAGUAAUAAUAAUAGUAAUAGUCGCAGUAACAGCUCUCGCGUACCAGACGUGUCAGAUAUCGUUGAGCCUCCCCGGAAAUCAAGUAUCGAGUCGAAAGAUUCGGACAAGGAUUCGGGACAAUCUUCCUCUCAGAACGAAAUCAUCCGAGAGAACCGAGUGCCUCCCGAACACCCUGACGACCCUGCUUUCCAGUCAACAGAGCAAGAGUGUGCCUCGGCCAAAAGCCUCAGUGAAACUGAUCCUACACCUGUGACCCUAAACAAUCGCCAGAAGCAGACUGAUGACAGUGGUUUUGAUAGUGAUGAGAAAGCUGCACAACAAAACCAACAGCAAGCCUCGGACCAGUUCAACCAGCAGCUUCAGUCACCUAAUGAUCUUCAUAACGACAAAACAGCUAGUCCUCAAGUUCAUAAACACCUGAACAAUCAGGAGAAGCGACCCGUUGGUUCAACUCCUUUAGGAACCUUGCCUUCUCACCAGAGGUCAGGGUCAACAUCCUUGGCAAACGCUCAUACGUCUAGUGAUCAAAGACAUUGGAAGCAAUUUGGACCCGAGGGUGCAAUACAAGGACAUCCCCAUCAACUGCACGGACAACCAGAUCCUCGCUCUCCGGGUGCUGACGCCAACAACUGGCUCAACGAGAUGACGCAAAGUGCUCAAAAGGAGGCAUUGUACAGUUACAUGUUGGAUAUGCAGAGGAAAAUGAGUACCACCAACGCUUAUUCUCAAAACUCUCAGAGCCAAUACGCUGUCAUAGAGCAAAUGAAGGAGAUCUAUGGGAAAGGCAUUGACAAUUUUGACCUUCUGUCACAACUUCAGCAAUCGUAUCACAACCCUCAGUACUUUCAGUAUAUGCAGCAACACAUGCAGCAAAUGCAGAUGUACGGAGGCUCAGCUGAAAUGCAAGUCAUUGAGCAGAUCAUUCAACAACAAGGUUGGAGCUCUCAAUCUUCUUCGGCCUGGUUGGGACAAGACCCCAUGUCCAAAAUGAUGGCUAUGAAUCCGCAACAAUUGCAACAACAGUCCUCGCAGCACCAGCAACACCAUAACCUUCAGCUCUCGCAGGCAACGGUGAAAUUAGGCCACCAUAGUUCGAGCCCAUCCAUUUCCAAGUCAUCAACCUCACACCCUCAACCCCAUCACCAUCAGGGCCUUCAGCAACAACAUCAACCACAACCACAACAUCCAUCUGCUCAAAAUGCCCACCACCAGUCAAUGCUCUCUCAUCAUUCCCAACAGCACUUCUUUCCAAGUGAUUCCUCUUCGUCUGGGUUGCAUCCGGGUCAAUAUGGUAACAAAGUACAAACAAAUUCCACGUCGUCUCAUCACGCCCCUUCUGCCCAAGGAGCAACCGCUUCCGCCUCCUCAACAUCUUCCUCUUCUUCCUCGUCUGUCACAGCAAGUGCGUUGCCCACCUCCUCCCAGUCACGGCAUAAUAAUGAAUCUCAACCCACUCCUCAAGUAGUAGUAGCAGCAACAACAACAACAACCCCAACAACAACAGCAGCGCAACAACAGCAACAUAAUCAUCAACAACAAGUCCAGAGAAAGAAAGACUCUCCACCCCCAAGUAGAUCUCAGAAGCAUGUCAACAGUAGAGCUGGUCCAAUGGAUGUACCAUCCGCUACCCCCGUGGACUCUUUACCUGGCUACCCUGGUUCCAAAAAGGAUGGCAAAUCCUUGGAAAACCAAGAGGCCUUCUGCAUAUCGAAAGAUCUUUUGGACUCUGUGGCUGCUGUGUCAAAGCUGCCCGUAUGGAAGCCCGACAGUGAACGUGACAGUGAGAUCUCAAGUCCACCCCAGAAAACACCGGAUCAUAAUCGAAUGAGUAGUGCAUCCGUUUCGGGUGAAAAAGCACCCGAGUUGAUUCGAAGAUCGUCUAGUGAUCGAGAUCGAUCGUUUGAAAGCCUGGUGAAGCGAGUAGAGUCAUCCCCGAGUCAAAAAGAGCCGCCCCUUAGGACGAGAUUAUUAGAUAUUUCAAAGUUUUCAAAUAGCACAGGUGCACCUUCACAGGGACUGAACAGCUUUACCCCAACCACGCCAGCUUACUCGGAGACCCGUGAGUCUCAGCAGUCCAUGUCAGAUUACGAUUACGAUGACACCAAAGGAGGAGUCGACUAUGACGACUUUGAAGGAGAAGACGAUGACUAUCGACCGUGCGCCAAGUCCCGAGGCAAAGCCCAAACACCAUCAACAGCUGGAGUCGCUUCGGGGGCUAGGCGAUCUCGAGGUCGAGGUCGACCUCGAGGUUCGGCCAGCAGUCGAGGCAAAGGCCGUGGACGAACGAAAAUGAAGACUGUCAGCAUUGACUCUGAAGCGUUAGAGAAGGUACACAAGACUGUGGCUGGAACGGACUACGACUUUGAGAAUGAGUUUGAGGAUGAUUUUGGAGACAGAAAAGAGCCCGAUCUCAGCCUUCAGGCUCUUCGAGAACAAACUAAGAGACAGAACGCCAUUUUGGAUGCCCAGAAGAUUGACGAUCAUUCGUCUGGUGUCAAUGAAUACGGCUUCAGUGAAUUUGAUAACAUCAUUCCAAGUUCAAAGACGAGUAAGAAAAGUGCUCGAGAAACCAAGGUACCGGUAGCUCGGGAGAGGGGACGCGGUCGAGGACGAGGGCGUGGACGGCCAAGGAAAACUACGGAGCUACAGCCUUCGCCCACUGCCAGUGAUGACAUACCCGAUCAUGAGCCCACUGACGACGAGUUUGCUGAAGAAGAGCCUGCGCCUCUGCCUCACCCAAAACUGCCCAAGCUGAAAAUUGGAGCACUUCUCAUCAAAAGGGAAUCGCCCAAGGGAUCGCCUAAACCUUCCAAAUCGUCCAAGUCAUCCAAAAAGAAGUCACAAGCCGAAAAGCUCGUUGCCAAAGUCCCUAAGCUCAAGAUCAAAUUAGGGCCCAAACCCGAGCCCAGCACGGUGGUCAGUUACAACUCAGACCAUCUGAAAGAUGAGCCUAAGCCGUCGGUCAAGACCAAACCAAGUGCCGAUGAUUCGGGACAAGAUACCUUGGCUGCUAUGGCGGCUGAACUCGAAGCGUCUGCACCUCCAAUCAAGUCACAGUCCAAUGUGACGGUGAAAAGUGAUACCAAUUCUUUCUCUGAUCGAACCAACUUCGAUGGCGAAGACUCCCUCAAAACUGAUCCAGACCUCAAAAAGCACAACGAAAAGAUCGAAUCAAAUGUAGUAGUGAAAUCCAAGGAAGUGAAACCAACUCUUUCAUCAAGUACCAAGAACAACGUACCUCCCGUUUCUGUUGUGACGACCUCGCCGAAGAAAGGUUCGAGGAUCGAUUCUUUGGCUGACCGACUGUUGGGGGCCAGUAAGUCCUCAUCUGCUGACCUUGGCAACGGAGAUAAGAAAUUGCGAGAUGGUGUUCCAGCAUCAGAUCUUGACACAAUAUUUGGCCCACCUGUACCUUUGGACAUGUCUACCUCUUCAGAGUCCAAGAAACCUAGUGAAAGCUUGACCACUUCGGUCACUGUCGGGUUUGGCACCUCAACUUCCACUUCUAGCGUGGUGACGAAACAACCAUCCAUUGUUAAUGAACAGCUUUCGGAACUCGAUCUGCUGAAGAAAGAACUUGACAGUCAAAUGGCUGCCUCCAGGUCUUCGACCACCAGUGAUGAUGUUCCGCGAGUUGUACAUGGGCCGAAAAAGAAGGCACUGAACGCAGCAGGAUAUAAGAAACAUGAAGAUAAUAGUAGUAGUAGUAGCAAUGACCAUCGAAGUCAACAUCUCAAGAUGAAGUUCAAGGUUCAAAGUGGAGCCGAACGGGUGGCCAACACCCCAGAUCCGGUGAGCAUUCCGAUUGCAUCAGCGGGCGAUACCAAUGCCCAAAGUAACUUCUCGAGUGCCUCUUCGUACAACCCCAAGCCGAUGAUGCGAAAGAAAGUAUUACUGAAUCACUACUAUGGUAAGGAGAUCUAUCCGGAGAUUCCCAACGGGCCUGUGCCGCAACCCCCGGCUGUGCAGGAAGAGCAUCAGCCUGCAGUCAGAAACAUCAUUAAAAUGCCCAAAGCCGUGGCCUCAGUCACGAGUGUCCCGACCCGAGCCGAUUACCAGCCGCAGUUGGAGGCCAAUCUGGAACGAAAGCGCAAGCGCGAUAAGGGCCUCGAGUCCUCCAACAAAAGUAACGAUCGCGACAACGACAAAGGCAAAGGUGAUAAGGGUGGCAAGAAGAAGCGAGGUCGAGGGAGUAAACAACACACGGAUGAUGAUUACAAGCCCAAGUCUGUGAAGGUCGAAACUGGUAAGGCACAGAACGAGGAUGGCAAAGAGAAGGCCAGGAAAACGCGAGGUAAGCCUCCGAAAAAAUGUCUAGCCGAAAGUCCACCCCAUGAUGAGGACUCUGGUGACCUGAAGGCGGCCAACAUGAAAUAUGCUGAGCAGAUCAUGGCUUCCUUCGAUGCCGAUGAGCCUUCGAAAGGGAAAAAGGAGGCAGCUAAACGAGGUCGAAAACGCAAGAAGAAGGAUGAACCUGGCUUAGGUGGUGGUGGACCCACGGGCACAAAAACGCCCAGACUUGUGAUCAAAUUCAGUAAAGACGGCUCGAAAGAAGGCACUCCGGCUCCGAAUUCGCCCUUGGACGCUCACGACGAUUUGAACAAGCGCAAUGGCGGCGGCCUCUCAGCCUUUGACUUUGAAGAUGACCCUCUCAUGGUAGAUGGCAAUGUGGAAAUGGAAUCCCUUGACGCCCCCCGCUCUUCCAGUGCGAAAAUCCCGAAAAUCAAAAUCAAGCUCUAAAGCCCCUGACCCCAAUUUCAUUCACUUCCACGGCCCAUCUAUCUCUAUCUCACCACGGGCCUUCCCCUUGGCCUUCCCUUGGCCAAACAACGAGUUUGUUCGUCCAUGAAGUUCGUCGUCGAUGUACCUGAUUUCUUCCCUUUUAUCAUGGUCUCCUCAAUCUUUCGUCCACUCAUUUUUGGGUCGCCUUUUCGUUCAAUCAAACGCUCUUCCCUCAUGAGCAUUGAAUCUUAUUUUGCGUGUGAAGAAACCCCUCAUGUGUUACUUAAACCGUGGGAGCUUAUCCCAUCCUCCAUUCUCCCUAACUCUCCUUUUGGCUCCUGCUCUCCACUGUAGUUAUUUUUUAAAUUAGAAUAUGACUUUUAAUGAACAAAUUGACGACCGAAUGAAUUUCUUCUUCAAAAAGAAUUUUGCGUCAUUUUCUCUCUGACCUAAUUCCCCUGACCUUCUGCUCUUCUCGGUUUUACACACCCGUAUCUACUUUCGACGCCUCGACGCCUCUCCCCGAAAAUGUUCCCAAAGCCAUCGAUUCAUUCAUUCAUCAGCACAUCUUCAAGAGAUCAACUAAAUGCUCUAUCUACGCCCCUUUGACACUGCUGCUGCCACUACUUCUACUACUACUUCUACUGCUACCACUACUGCAACAUCAUCAGCAUCUUCAACAACAUCAACAACAACUCUUAUUAUUGCUAUUAUAAUCAUUAUUAUUAUUGUCUCUAUUAUUAUUAAUGCUGCUAUUAUAACUAUUAUACCCAUGUUAUUUCGUUAGCAAUUUUGCUAUGUUAUCCCUCAAAUACUCGAUAAAAAAUUGAACUAUUGAAAUGUGUAGGAAAUUUUAAACUGUAUGACGCUGCUCGCUCAUAUUCAUAGCCUUGAAUGAAGACACGCUUCUUCCUCCCCUCCCUCUCCUUCCCCUCCCCCUUGUCCGCCAACAACCAAACCAACAUGAGCUAUGAAUCACAAUAGCGGUGGAAGCGGCAAUGGCAGCCACCACAACAACACACAUUAUUACUAUCAUUGACAAAACAGAGAAAAUAAGAACUUAAACGUGUCCAAAAAUA